AUGGGAAGUUCGAGUAGUAAAAGAUUUGAUCCAUCGUUACCACGAAGUGGAAGUCUUUCUCCAAAACCAGGUUCAAGAAAAAUAAAAAAAUUACCAAAAAUUUCUAAAGAAGUAAGACCACAGAAUAGUCCAAGUGUUGAGUAUGAUAUAGAGCCAACAAAUUUAUUUAAACCUGAACAACUUAAUGAACUAAUAGACUUAUCUGAAGAAAUUGAUAGAACACAAUCUUGUCAUCUUCCAAAUAAACAAAAACAAUCUCCACCUUCAUUAAUAACUAAAAUGAAUAAAAGGAACAGUAUCUCACCUUAUCCAUUUAACUCUUGUAAUCACCAAAUUGACAAAUAUCCUAAACCACAAAAGGUAUGUUAUUCUGCAAGAGUAUCACCAUACUUACCUUCUCCAAAAUUAAUGAAUCCUCAAAAUAAAACUGAACCACCAUUAACCCCAUUAGAACCAAGGGAGGUUUCUAUUUUUGAAAAGCUAGAAUUUCUUAAAAAAUAUACACAUCAUAAGAAGAUGGAAAUAAUUUAUAAUAGUGAUAUUGAUGGAUUUGAAACUAGAGCAUUAAAUAGUAAAAUCAGAUACCAAUCAAAUUUGGUAUUUAUUGUUAUUACAAAUAAUGAACAAUUUGGUUUUUAUACUUCUGAUAUUGUUAAUGCAAUAAAUAAUGAAACUACUCAAAUCACUUCUAAUGAAAUGUUUUUAUUUGUUUUAAAUGGAAAAGGUGCUUAUCCAUUUAAAUUAGAACGCAAAGAUACACUAAGAAGUUUUACUGUUUAUUCAGACAAAGAAAACUAUUUUCUUUUUACUUGUUUUUGUGCAUUUUGGGUUACAUCAGAUGGACAACUUAGAAUUCAUCAACUUUUAAAAGACCGUUACGUUCUACCCCAAAAAAUGAUUAAUCCAAUUACUGAUAGAAAUAAUUCUGAAAGAGGUUAUUGUAAAAAAGUUAUUGUAAUCAAAAUGAAUUAA